AUGAAAACACAAACAUACCAGCAGGGGAUACAGGAGAAGGAGAAGCAGCUCCAGCAGUUAAGACAGAAAAUGAAAGCACUGAAGUGUUCUGCAGAUGCAGCAGAUGAUCAAAACGAGAAAGCCUAUGCAGAGACAGUCCUGAAGGCGGAUAAAAGGCGGUGUGCUGUGAAGGAACAAAUUCAAGAUCAGGAGAAAGCUGCAAUGAGCCGAGCUGAGGUGCUCGUGGAUUGGCUGGAAGAGGACAUCUCUGAGCUGAGGAAGAGAGAGGAUGAACUGAAGCAGCUCUCACUCUCUGAAGAUGAUAUUCACUUCCUGCAGAGCUACCAGUCUACGUCUGACUGUCCAGAACCUGACCUGUCCUCUGAUGUCAAUGUCCAGCUACACAUGUGUUUUGAUUUUGUGACAAAUUCCAUUUCUGCUUUGAGAGAGAAUCCAGAACGCAUGAUGCAGGAUAUUAGAGAAAUAUCUAAGACAGUUCAAGCUGAUCCUGUUUCAAAAACGGCAAAAAUGACAGUUGUCAGCAAAGGUAACCUGAAGAAAAAGCUGAUGCGAUACAAACACAUAGAUCUGACUGUUUGUGAGAUAACCAAUGUGAUCUCCCAGUACAAAGACUUGAAGUCAGUUAUGGAUGCUUAUGUGUUCAACGAUGGCUCCACAAGAGACCUGAUUAGUUUAACAGGAACAAUCCCAGUGAGCUACAGAGGCAAUGUCUACAACAUCCCAGUGUGCCUGUGGUUAUUGGACACAUACCCCUACAACCCUCCCAUAUGUUUUGUCAAACCUACCAGUGCCAUGAUGAUCAAAACUGGCAAACAUAUUGAUGCCAUUGGCAAGAUCUACCUGCCUUAUUUACAUGAGUGGAAGCACCCUCAGUCGGACUUGAAUGGUCUCAUUCAGGUGAUGAUUGUGCUGUUUGGAGAUGAUCCACCUGUGUUUUCUCGCCCCAGUGGGGGGGCUUCCUCAAGCCCCUUGACAAACUACUUUGGUAUUUGAAUGCCAGUAUGUUGAAAUUAUAAUAUGAAACUAUUCCACUUUAAAAUGUCUAAAAACAACAAGACCUAUGUUAUGUAUUUUGGUCAGUUGUGUAGCUACUUAUAUUAUCCCAAAUGUUUCCAACAAUUUUAAAACCCAGUGAAAUCCAUAAUUUUAAUCAGAUAAUGGUCCGAUUCAUUUUGUAGCCUGGUAAUACCCUGUCUAUUAAAGAGUAUACAUGCACAAGAUGAUGAUCAUUCUGUGUGCAUGCCUCAGCGUUGUGGUUGUCUGCCACAAUGGGUGCGGGAAUGGUCCGUGUAUCUUUUGGUCAUUCGAUUUUCUU